AGCCGCUAGUAGUAAUCUAAAAGCUUCAAAUAUCGAAAUGGAAGGAGUAGGCUCCACGAGGGUGGGCCGGGCUUCGGCCAGGUACGGUUCGACGGCGGUGUUCAAUGGCCCGGUGAGGAAGUGGAAGAAGAAGUGGGUCCACGUUUCGCCUUCAUCCACUGUUAAACACUCUCAAUCCAACGGCAACGGCUCCGCCGCAACCAGCAUCCUACUCUGUCGGUGGACCCCACUCUCCUCCGCUGAUUCCGGGUCUUCCGCCGUCGACGGCGAGGACGAUGAGCAGCCCCCCAAGCGCAAGUUCCGCUAUACCCCAGUUGCUGUGUUGGAGGAAGAGCGUAAAAGGGCAGCAGCAAAACAGGUUGAAGAUGAAGCUAAGACAGAUGUGAAUGAUACCAACCAGUCCCCACAUUGGCUAUCACCCAAGGCUGAUAACAAGCUGAACAUGAAUAAAGAUUUGAAGAAAGAAACUCAGGAUUCAAGCAUGAGUAAUUUGGACUUGGGUUUGUGUUUGAAAGGCCAUGAUGGCAACCGCGAUUCUGUUGGUGAGAAGGAAGGUCAUGAGAAGGCAGCAAGGUCAGCAGGAUUUUGGACAAUGGCUUAACAUUUAAUUAGUUCAAGGGAAAGAGUUCAUGUGCCAACAAGAAUCCAUAGUAAUGCAUCAUAUGUAGAAUAUAGCAGUUAUAUAUGCUUGGUCAUAUAAUUAGUUUGUGAUGUAUAUUAGCCAGCCUUAGCGGUCGUUUGCACCUUAUCAAAGCUUCAACUUAUACUGCAGAUCCAUUUCCUAUGUCAGUGAAGCUAUUAUACAUAGAAUAGAACCCUUAGAUUGAUAUAUGUCUCCUUUGUUGCUCUGUUUGCAUAGCAUUAUAUGAAAUAUUUGGGUUGAAUAGGAU